AUGAUUUUUCUUUUUCUUUUUUUAGAGAUUAUCUUUUCUCUCUUUGAUCUUCUUUGCUCUUUCUUCUCUCUUCUUUUCUCUCUCUCUCUCUCUCUCUCUUUCUCUCUUUUCGUCUCCCUCUCUCUCUCUCUUUCUCUCUCCUGUUCGUCUCUUCUGUAUUCUUUCCUCUCUCUUCUGUCUUCCUUUCUCCUCUUUCUUCUGUCUUUUUUCUCUUCUCUUUUCUGUCUUCUUCUUCUUCUUCUUCUUCUUCUUCUUCUUCUUCUCUCUCUCUCUCUCUCUCUCUCUCUCGUUUGUCUUUUCCCCUCUCUCUCUUCUUGCUCUUUCUCUUUUUCCCUCUCACAUUCUUUUGUCAGUAGACAACGUGAGACCGAGCAGCCGCAGAUUUUCUCUUCUCUCUUUUCUUUUCUCUUUCAUUUGUCUUCUUUCUCUCUCCCUCUAUUUCUCAUCCUCUCCCCUUCUCCCGCCUUUAUUAUUCUCUCUCUCUCUCUCUCUCACUCUUUCUUUCUUUCUCUCUCUCUUGUCUUUUCUUCACUCUCUUCUUUUUUUUUCCUCUAUCUUCUGUCUUUCCCCUCUAUCUUCUGUCUUUUUUUCUCUCCCUAUUUCUCAUCCUCUCCCCUUCUCCCGCCUUUUUAUUCUCUCUCCGCGCGUGCAUCUCUCUUUUCUCUCUCUCUCUCUCUCUACUCUUUCUUUCUUUCUCUCUCCCUUUUUUUUUCUUCAAAAUCUUCUGUCUUUUUUCUCCUCUAUCUUCUGUCUUUUUCCCCCCUCUAUCUUCUGUCUUUCUUUCUCUCUCCCUAUUUCUCAUCCUCUCCCCUUCUCCCGCCUUUAUUAUUCUCUCUCGCGCGUGCAUCUCUCUUUCUCUCUCUCUCUCUCUCUCUCUCUCUUUCUUUCUUUCUCUCUCUCUUGUCUUUUCUUCACUCUCUUCUGUCUUUUUUCUCCUCUAUCUUCUGUCUUUUUCCCCCUCUAUCUUCUGUCUUUCUUUCUCUCUCCCUCUAUUUCUCAUCCUCUCCCCUUCUCCCGCCUUUAUUAUUCUCUCUCUCUCUCUCUCUCUCUCUCUCUCUCUCUCUCUCUCUCUCUCAAUCCCCAACACACGUAAAGUCCGUAGUUUGUUUACGUGAAAAUGUUUGCAAUGUGAUUUCUCUGGUGAGUGGACCAGUGCCAGGACUUCAAUCGGAACCUCUUACAAGUGACAUUGAUGUCUUCAUCUUCCAACUCAAUUGGUCAACUGAUUUCCCAGCUGUAAAACCCACUCCACUGUUCCGACGACCAAUAAUAAUUUUUAUUGAUUUGAUCCCUACACCUGACUACAAACGACAUCCACGUGUCUAA